AUGGCAUGGCAGCAUGGCGACGUCUCCGUUAACAAUGAAGCGAAGCCGUUCAGGCGGAAUGUCAAGGUCGACGUUCAGAAGCGGUUUAAUGUUCGCGAUGAUCAUGCUCGCCAGCUUCCAGCAGGCUUUCGCAAAGGUUACUACAUCGACAAGUACGGUGACCCGCACCGUCACGACCACAGCAACAUCCACGAAGCCUGCGAGCACGACGACUAUAAUCACAACGGACACGGUCUUACAGACCGUCACGAGUAUAAGUACGUCCGUGAAGCCGGCAAGUACGACGACUAUCACGAGUACAGCGAUAUCCACAAAGUCGGCAAGCACCAUCACGGUAACGAGUACAGCGACAUUCACGAAGCCGGCGAGCACAACGACCAUCACGGAUACCGCCACCACCACGAAGCCGGCAAGCACGACGACCAUUACGAGCACCGCCACAACCACGAAACCGGCGGGCACGACGACCGUCACAAGUACGGCCAUCACCACUAA